AUGACAGGAAAACAUAAUUCAACGACCGCAACGGCACAUGACGAGACACGACGAGCAGAGAAAGCGAAGGAAGGGGAGCAAGAAGAGAAUUCAGAAGCUUUCCAUGGAGAAAAAGGCCGUAUACCGAGGGCAGGAUUGACUCCAUGUCGGAAAUUAGGAAGAGCAACAAUAGACGCAGAUGGAGGGGUUCGUCACCAGACUUUUGCGAACGGUAGGCAGACACCAACAGCACCCGGAGGUGAUCCUGACCUAUCAGAAGAGGACGGCGUCUUCGACACUGAGUCUACGAGAGUUUCCGACCUGCGUGCGAACCAUAAUCAGGCCGUUACUGGUGAAUAUGUAGCUAGUAAACGGCCUGCCUUCUCGUUCGUCCUCGGGAAUUCCGGCUCUUCGUCCUCAGGCAACGACCAGCCACGCCUACCACCCAACAAGCGUAGACGUCAUCGCCGACGUACCAACAACCACGGCACGGAGCGUGCACAGGCUUCCGCACAGAAGCUAACCGAGCUUAAUGACUCAGCAACAGUCUCUAUUGAACAAGUACGAACUAUGUCUUCAGCGUACGUCUUCAGAGCGGUUUUAGGGUUUAGGGGUUAG